AAAAUGUUCAUAGCAGAUCUCCCGUCUCCUCUGCUGUGUACUCUUACGGGGAGCUCAGUGUACACAGAUGAUCCAGAUGUUCCAGUCUUUGUUCAUUAGCCAUUUGACCACAGGAGGAACAUUUUCAUAACACGUAUGCUCAUGGAGCCAGUGAAGCUUGUAUCUGUGGCAAAACUGUGGUCUGACAACACCAGUGCAUCCUUGCCAUCCACUCCAUCAACAUCUCCGGUCCCUGCAGAAUGGGAGAUGGUCUACACCAUCAUCCCUCCAUACAUCUUCACAUUGUCCCUGCUCGGCAUCAUCUUUAACAGCUUUGUCCUCGGGGUGUACCUCGCCCACAAGGAUCGGCUGACUGUAGCGGAGAUCUACCUGUGCAACCUGGCGCUGGCCGACUUUAUUCUCCUGUGUGGGCUCCCCUUCUGGGCCAUGAACAUCCUCAAUGGCUUUAACUGGCCAUACGGAGAUGCCUUAUGCAAAAUGGUCAACUCAAUCAUCAUCAUCAACUUCUACACCAGCAGCUACACUUUGGGCAUGAUUAGUGUCGACCGCUACCUGGCACUUGUGAAGACCAUGAAGGCCAGGUGGCUGAGACGGACCCUUUAUGCCAAGGUGAUCUGCCUCAUCCUGUGGAUAUUGGGGCUCUUACUGAGCACACCAACCAUGGUUCACAGAGAGGUGAAGUUCUUUGAGGAUUUAGGGACAAUGGCCUGCAUACUGGAUUAUAGUCACAACAGCUCCUGGAAAUUGGCCCAUCAGAUUCUGAUGACCGUCGUGGGCUUCGUACUCCCUGUUCUGGUCAUUGUUUUCUGCAGUGGGAACAUAGUCAAGGCUUUGGCACAGAGAAGGGAGAGCUUUCAUGAAGUUACUGACACAAAAGCUACAGUGCUGGUGUACGCUGUCACAUUUCUAUUCUUAGUGUGUUGGGGUCCCUUCCAGGUAUUCACCUUCCUCGACAUACUUUGUGAUUUCCAAUUGUUGGAUGAGGAGCUGUGGUACCACACUCUCGAUAUAGGAGAACAGGUUUCUGUGUAUCUGGCCUUUCUCAACAGCACCCUGAACCCACUGCUGUAUGUCUUCUCAGGGCAGUACUUCAGGAGGAAGGUUAGUGCCAUCUACAGGAGGACCAGACAUCCUCGCAGAGGAUCAGAUAUGACGACAUACCAACGCUCAGUUGUGUCAACUUACAUUAACAGAGCCGAGCAAAUUAAGACUGUGGUCAUUUUUAAUGCAAAGGGUCAGAUGUGACUCCUCAUGACAUCCUAUCCUUGACUUCCGUUGCUGUUUAUGGACAAACAAUGGCGCAAUAUACAGGAUAUGAGUUAUUUCCUGAGACGUAACACAAUAAUAAUGCUAUUAGCUAGUUAAACAGCACUAUCAUAUGAUGUUUAAUACUGUGAAUACUGGAAAUAAUGGACCCAAUUAGACAUGAGGGGCAUAAUCUAGAUGAAAUGGAAGCAGUUUGUAUGGUCACAGUCGCCAUAGAGGCAGUUGUGGACACACAGGAUGCGUCUGAAUCUGCCUUUCUGGACUAUUCCAUGACCUUACUGUUACUGACUUGAUGUUUUAAACACACAAGCAAAACCAGCCAUUUCUAAAAUUUAUAAACUUUUUUCUCCUCAGUCAUUCAUUCACUUGACUCUACAAUGCAGUUUACUCUGCAGGCCGACAUGAGGGAAUGACCACCCUUGCACCUUGUGAACAUUUACAUUGUUUAUCUCUGCAUGUAAACAAACCAUCUAUCCAAUAGUGACAUUAACAUAAGCUAUUUGUGUGUAUUACUGUGAAUAACCAACUCAACUGUGCAGCUGAAGUCCUGUAAUACAUAAUAAAAUAUUUAUCCUGAA